AUGAGUAAAUCCUUCCUACUUCUCUCGCUGUGCGUCCUGAUGUCUCAAAUUCGGGGUGAUAUCUCCAAUCUCCGAGGCGUAUUCGACAAGAUCAAGCAACAGAGUCGAUCCGUCUAUACCCCAGAUGAAGACUCACAACAUUUUUCCCGCUUCAAAAAUGAGCUCGAAGAGAAGAUUCUACAUGAAGACGUAUCAAUUGAAUACCUCACUGAAUCCUUCAACAACACCAAGCCAGCUUUAUUGCAAUCCAUGGUUGACAAGAUCAACUCGAUGCAACAGUCGUGGACUGCGUCGAAAGAUCAGCCCCCUUUCAAGGGUAUGUCAAUCAAAGACCUCCCUGCUGGAUGCUCGAAUGAUACGAUGUUCUCUUCGACUCUGGACGAAGGUGGCGAAAAUCGCCUUCUCGGACCCACAAACCCGGUGUUGACGACUUUACCAAGUAGCUUCGACGCUCGGCAGAAGUUUGCUUCCUGUGCUGAUGUCAUCGGCCAUGUGAGGGAACAAGGCGAAUGUAACAAUUGCUGGGCAAGUGCUGCCGUCGGAAUGUUCAACGAUCGUGUAUGCAUCAAGUCCGGCGGUAGAAUCACGGAUAUUCUAUCUCUCGGUUAUCUGACUUCAUGCUGCAAUCGUGCUAACGGAUGUCCGAAAUCGAAUGGGUGUAUGUUUGGCUCCGUGCCUGAAGGCCUGAACUUUAUGAAAAAUCACGGCCUUGUUACUGGUGGUGAAUACAAACCGCCCGAGGAACUGGGCAACGAUGAUGGCUGCUGGCCUUAUCCAUUCCCGAAGUGCAAUCAUGUGCCCGGGCUGGAAAGCAAAUAUCCCCGAUGCGCGCAGGUCCGGGACCUUCCUGCAUGUGCAACUACUUGCCCCAAUAAAGCCUACGGGACCAGCAUGCAGAAAGAUACUCACCGUGCUAAAAGCUGGGGACGUCUACCGAUAGGCCCUGAGAAGAUCAAGCAAGAAAUAUUCGAUAAUGGACCCGUUGCUGCGAUGAUGACGCUCUACGAAGAUUUUCGAUUUUACAAGUCUGGUGUCUACGUGCACAAAACGGGUCAAAUGUUGGCGGCUCAUACUCUUAAACUCAUAGGUUGGGGAGUCGAGUCUGGCCAAGAGUAUUGGUUAGCAGUGAAUGCUUGGAAUGAGGAAUGGGGUGACCACGGGAUGAUCAAACUCGCAUCUUCGGUCUAUUUUGUCCGUAUGACCAGGAUAUGGAUACGGGCCGUUACAGAGAAAGCGGAGUUGAGUUGCAUCGACAAGUACAUAAAGGCAAGCGAGCGAAGCGAGCUUGCCGAGGAAACCCCACGAAUGAUGGUCAUCGACAGUCACAACCAUGGUUCUGACAAGACUCAACACAAAUGCUCGUCUUGA